AGCGGAGCACGGAGCGGGCACCGAGCGGAACCGCGCCGCGGGGAGCUCCGCGGACCCUGUCACCGCCCGCAUCCCGAAUCAUUCACCCCAAAUCCUUCACCCCUGAUCCCUCCGGGAAGCCGGCUCCCCGUAACCCGGCGGCGGAAGCCCCGGCCGGCCCUGCCGCCCAAUGGGCUGGGGCUGCGCGGCGCCGGGGCCGGGGCCGGGGCCGUCACUUCCUGGCCCUGCAGCCGCCGGCAGCGAGCCCUCAGCCGGGCCCGGGGGGCGGCGGCGCCCGCAGCCCGCCCGCCACCACCGCCACCACCACCAUGCCCUUUGAUUUCAGGAGGUUUGACAUCUACAGGAAGGUGCCAAAAGACCUUACACAGCCAACCUACACAGGGGCCAUUAUCUCUGUCUGCUGCUGUCUCUUCAUAUUGUUUCUCUUCCUGUCUGAGCUCACCGGAUUCAUAGCCACUGAAAUAGUUAAUGARCUCUACGUGGAUGACCCAGACAAAGACAGCGGAGGCAAAAUAGAAGUGAACCUGAACAUCAGUUUGCCAAACCUGCACUGUGAAUUGGUUGGACUAGACAUCCAGGAUGAAAUGGGAAGGCACGAAGUGGGUCACAUUGACAACUCAAUGAAAAUUCCUCUCAGCAACGGGGAUGGCUGCAGGUUUGAGGGCCAUUUCAGCAUCAACAAGGUCCCUGGUAACUUCCACGUGUCGACGCACAGCGCGACGGCGCAGCCCCAGAACCCCGACAUGACUCACAUCAUCCACAAGCUCUCAUUUGGGGACAAGUUACAGGUCCACAACGUUCAUGGAGCRUUCAAUGCCUUGGAGGGAGCAGACAAGCUCAGCUCAAACCCYCUUGCCUCUCACGACUACAUCCUGAAGAUUGUCCCCACGGUGUACGAGGACAUGAGCGGCAAGCAGCGCUACUCCUACCAGUACACGGUGGCAAACAAGGAAUACGUAGCCUACAGCCACACCGGSCGCAUCAUCCCGGCCAUCUGGUUCCGAUACGACCUGAGCCCCAUCACAGUCAAAUACACAGAGAGGAGACAGCCUUUGUACAGGUUUAUCACAUCGAUAUGUGCCAUCAUUGGAGGAACAUUUACUGUAGCUGGGAUCCUCGACUCCUGCAUUUUCACAGCAUCAGAGGCCUGGAAGAAGAUCCAGCUGGGGAAAAUGCAGUAGCAGUGAAACUCUACCCUCGUCUCCAAGGACAGGAGCAAAGAUUGAGAGAUCUACCACUACCUGUUUUUGUCUUUAUUUUCUAUUUGAUCGAAUCAGUAUGUUUUUCUCUAAUCAGGCUGUUCAGUGAAGAUGUCUUCAACAAAUCAAAGAAAUCUCCAUGCAUUUCAGAGCUCUGAGAGGGAAAAAUCAGUGGGAUCAGGGUGUGGGUUUUGAUUCCCUCCCCCCAGAAAGAGAGGUCRAAAUGCCAUAUCAGAUCUAAGUAAGGAUGACAGUCUGUCCUCUGGGAGGUUCCUCUGGCAGGGUACAACCUAGAGAGUAGAUGGCAAAGAGCUGAACUGUCUUGUGGCACUUUYUGGAGUUCUGUUGGAUUUGCAUGAUUAGACAAUCGACUUUCUGUAUAGGGCAAACGAUACCUGAGGAAGAAAUUCCACCCGUGGUGCCAAAAGGGUGAUGUGUCUGUUGGUGAGGAAUGGAAAGUGUUAGUCCCCACAGCAAACCUCAGAGACAGAGGGCAGAAAUAACAUAUCAAGAGAUGUUUUGUGCUUUUUUUUUGAAAGCUCAGUGGUUCAGAUACAACCUUUCUAAGGAAGUGAACAAAGGAGAAGAGGAAGCCUUCCCCAGCUACCUUUUCCUGGGYACUCUGUGACCCCAGCAGUGGAGGGCAUUUCUUUUACUCUGGAUGGAAAAGUGGUUUCAUUUCUCCCCACUAAUGAAUAUCCAGUCUUGUGUUUACAGGUGGCAUGAAGUAAAAACCAAACUGAGCAACACAGUUUUAUGUGGCCUUUGCUUUGAAAGGGAAUAGUUGUCUUUACAGCAUUAGCUUUGAUUUUUUCUGGUUUUAAACACAGACCACCCAAAAGUCUGGAUUCUGCACUUCUGCUUUGUCAUUGUUGCUGGUUUUUUUUUUUUUGAAAAGAGGUUGUCUGUUCUCUGUGCUCAGAAAAACGGUGCUGCCUUCUGGGUGGCUGAGCACAGCUUCCUCUCGUGCUCUGUGUGUACAUUCAACACACCUGUCAAACACAGGAAUUCUGACUUUUCAGGAUUUAAGGUGCCUCCCUUUUCCUUUCAGACUCAGCCAGGCAUCUUUUCYAAGCCCUGGGCUGAGCUGUUCUCCCACAGGUACACAGGGCAGCUUUCCCCAGGCUGACCCUUGCUGGGAGUUCUGUUUAAUUCCUUAAAACCCUCCUGAGCUUCCCYGGCCAUUCCUUCAAGCCUUGUCUUCUGGGAUCUCCAAAAAACCGAGGUGGGAGGGGAAAACUCCUUCCAGGGGUGUCUUGCAUGUCGUGGUGGACGUGAGUUCCCUAAAAGGAGACCAAACCAGUGCAUUUUCCAGAGCCUCAUCCAUGUUCCUCGAGUAGUSACAGUCUCCGCAUGCCUUGUGAAUGUCUGAGCUGAGGAUACACAAAUUUCAAGUGUUCCAGGACGAAGCUUUUUUUUUAAAAAAAAAUCGUAAAAAUCUUUUACUCAGUGCUGUAAAUUCUAAGAUGGGUGCAGGGUUUCUCUUGGAUGAUCUCCACUGCCUUUUCCUGGAGGCAAAAUAUCCAAAUUUUAUGCUGUGAUGAUAAUCUUUGAAUAUUCAGUGUUAUUGUUAGAGUCAGAUGCAUUUCARAAGAAUUCCUGAUUGUCUGUUCAGMUUGUCCCGUUGCUUUGGAAGCAGGGAAGGUGUAGCCAGUUUUAUCCACCCAAAAAAAGCAGCCAAGUGCCCUCUCCCUGCCACGCUCUGCCCUGUAGUGACUUCGGACAAAUGUCAGCAUUGGAAUUUUUCCCUGUUCUUACUCUGGACUGAUUGCUCUUCCUUUAGGUGUAAACUGGAUUGUGUAACUUCCUGUAYCCGUUCAUGUAUGGAUAGAUUUUUUUACUUUUUUUUUUUUUUGCCAUUUACAAAAAUCAACUUGAAAACGAGAUGCUUGUCUUCAUUUUGGGUGUGUGUCCAUGUGCCUGCGAGUGGUACCCUCUGAAUGCUGGGAAUUUCCAGGACAAUUUCUUCUCUUGCUGGAUAAAAGAUUUCCUCUAAUCCACUGUGACCAGCUGAAGCUCACAGCAAAAAUGUCCCAGUCUUUCCUUUUGGGUUUGGGGUGUCUUUGCUCCCAGCUUGAGAGCGGUGCAUGACAAUAAUGGGGUUUUUAAUAUUUUAGCAUCUUCCUUAUGCUGAGAUUUAUUYAGUGCAUCCUUCUCCUGAGCUGGGSAAAGGGAGAUCUUUGCAGUGCAGUGGAUUGUACAGUUCAUUUUCUGAAAUUCCUCUCCUGGUACAAUUUCUUUGACACAAACCAAGGUGGUUGCAGAUUCCUUGAAUUCCCUGCUGUGUUAUUUCCAUCCUUCUCCCCAUCCCCUGUCUGUAUUAAACUGCCUCCUGGGCUGUCCAGGCCAGUUCUCUAAACCCAGACCAGUGAAAUUGGUUUGUUUGGGUAUUUUUUUUUUUUUUUUUGGAAAUGACACACUUCAGCGUGCCUGCUCUCUCUGCCAGAAUAUCCCCUACAAUGAGGCAAUAAACCACUUUUUUUUUUUUUGCUAGAUGUGACAACCAAGUUGUGGCAAAAGAAACAGUCUGUACUUUGGUUCUCUAAAUCAGAUCUAAGCUUUUGAGUGCUGCCACACCAAGGCCACUUUCUGGGGUUGUGGGGAGCUUGUCCUUGUCCUUCAGGCAUGGCUGGCCUGGGUCACACCACGGUGCUGCACCCUGUAUUUACAGAAGAAUCUGCUCUUCACCUCCCCAAAUGUGAAAGCAAAGCAGUUACUGCCUCUGCACCCAUGAAAUUUCACUUUUAUUUUUAAUUUCUAAAGGCAAAAUGAGCUUGGGUGUGCUUUUAAAUGUCCUUGCAAACAAAAAUAUUCCAAGUCACAGCAGAAGGAAACCCUCAAUUGUUGGUUCUCAUCCCUAUUCAUGACUUGGCCCUUUAAAGUCAGUGUUUUGACAGAAGUAUUUGGGGUUUCCAAGAAGGACAUCCCUGUAGAAAGUAAAAUAUUUGGAACUCCCAUUUUAAAUUAUUCCCUCUAAYUUUAGACUCCACCCUACGGUGAGAACUUGAGGCAUAGGAUGCUCUGCAAUGGUGRAGUUAAAACUUUUAGCACCUGGGAAAAUUAUUAGUUGCAUUCUAGGCAGUAUCUGGACUGCUGAAGAUUUUUUUU